AUGGCUACUUCUACUAUUAAUAUUGGUGGAAGGAAGAAGAGAGAGCAGUACUUGUUUCUCAUCAUCUUCUUAUGCAUCUGCACCAUCUUUUUCCAAAGGUUUUCACCUUCAGUGGAAGCUGCUUCGAAUUCGGGGGGCCUCAAAUACACAAGGCAUAAUUAUAAGCAAGUUAGCAGCUUGAGACUGCAAAGGAUUGAGAAGCACCUCAACAAGAUCAACAAGCCUGCUGUCAUCACCGUUCAGAGCCCAGAUGGAGAUAUAAUAGAUUGCGUUCAUAAAAGAAAACAGCCAGCUUUGGAUCACCCUCUCUUAAAGAAUCACAAGAUCCAGAAGGAGGCACCAGAAAGGCCAAAAGCGAUGAAAAAGAAGAUGAAGCACACAAAUGAUAAAGAUGAAGAAGGGAUUAACAAUAAUAAUGGAGAUGAAGCAGCAGCGGCAGUUGAGGGUAAGGGUAAGGAGGGUGCAUGGGUUGUGCAGCAAAUGUGGCACAGAAAUGGGACGAGAUGUCCCAGAGGAACGGUUCCAAUACGGCGAAGCACAGUAGAUGACGUCCUGCGAGCCAAAUCUUUGUUUCACUAUGGCAAGAAGAAGCAGCAGCAACCUCCUAAUAAUAAUCUCACGGCUGAUCUUGCUGCUAGGCGCACCGAUGCACCCGAUGUAGUCAGCGGCAAUGGCCAUGAGCACGCAAUCGCGUACACCGGAUCAUUGCAAGAAGUGUAUGGGGCAAGGGCGACAAUCAAUGUGUGGACCCCCUCGAUCGAACAAGUAAACGAGUUCAGUCUCUCCCAGAUUUGGGUUCUUUCCGGAUCAUUCGACGGCUCAGAUCUCAACAGCAUAGAAGCUGGAUGGCAGGUCAGUCCGGAGCUCUAUGGUGACAACAGGCCCAGAUUGUUCACUUACUGGACGACUGAUUCAUAUCAGGCGACUGGGUGCUACAAUCUUCUGUGUUCUGGGUUUAUCCAAACAAACAGUAAGAUAGCAAUUGGAGCUUCCAUUUCUCCAGUCUCAUCCUAUGCCAGCAACCAAUACGAUGUCACCAUUCUCAUAUGGAAGGAUCCAAAGCUAGGGAAUUGGUGGAUGGGAUUUGGAGACAAUACACUUGUAGGGUACUGGCCAGCGGAGUUAUUCACACACUUGAAAGAGAAGGCGACGAUGGUAGAAUGGGGUGGCGAGGUGGUGAACACAAGAGCCAACGGUGAGCACACCGCCACGCAAAUGGGUUCGGGUCAUUUCGCUGAAGACGGGUUUGGGAAAGCAAGCUAUUUCCGAAACCUUGAGAUCGUGGACUCGGACAACAGCCUCAGCUCGGUCCCAGGUGUGUCAACUUUGGCUGAGAACACCAAUUGCUACAACAUCGAGAGCUCGUACAACAAAGAAUGGGGCACGCACUUCUACUAUGGUGGCCCUGGCAAAAAUUCACGAUGCCCUUAA